UAUGGAUCAUGGUUUGAGCACAUCCGUGCCUGGCUGUCCAUGCGAGAAUGUGACAACUUCUUGUUACUGUACUAUGAAGACAUGAAAAAGGAUACAAUGGGAGCCAUAAAGAAGAUAUGUGACUUCCUGGGGAAAAAAUUAGAGCCAGAUGAGCUGGAUUUGGUCCUCAAGUACAGUUCCUUCCAAGUCAUGAAAGAAAAUGACAUGUCCAAUUAUAGCCUCCUGAAGAAAAAAUCAAUUUUUACUGGUAUUGGCCUAAUGAGGAAAGGCACUAUUGGGGACUGGAAGAAUCACUUCACUGUAGCCCAAGCUGAAGCCUUUGAUAAAGUGUUUCAGGAGAAAAUGGCCGGUUUCCCUCCAGGGAUGUUCCCAUGGGAAUAAAAUUUCAAAAGUUUUAAAUAUUUUAUGAACAUUGAUAUUUAUGUUUCUGUUGUUCUAUUUCUGAAUAACUGAAUGUGGUCAUCGAAUAAAUCAUGUUCUGGUAUUGUGAAAGUGA